UGAAAGAUCGGGCCUAAAAAGGGAAAAUACUCUGGGUUAGUUUUAGUUUCUCGCCACAUAUUCUUAGCUCAAUAUUUUUGCAUUUUGCUGCUCCACUAUAAUAAGAAUGGAGGAAGAGGAGGAUGUGGUAGCUGCAGUAGAACAAGUUUUGAAAGAAUCGACACACAAUUUCACAGAAGUUGUUCGCCAUGUGCAACUGAUCGACACCUGUGGCACUUCAGGAGGCACCGUGGAAGCCAACAAUCUGCCCAGACUCAAUGCAGCUGCGCAGGAUUGUUUAUCCGCACUGCGAUCAGCACAAUUGCAGUUGGAUCUUCUUGCUCAACAGCAGCCCACCGAUCACCAGAUCGAUUCCUGCCAAAAUACUUUGCAAGCGUGGAAGGAUGAGUAUCAGAGCCUACAGUUGAAAUUAAGGAAUGCAAAUUUAAAGGCCAAGGCAAAUAUUCAGAAAGCUGCUCAGGAAGAGAGAGAGCUUCUCUUGGGUGGUGGGGAGGAAUCUACCAUUCGGAGACGGAACUUAGAAACUAAGACUGGAAUGACAGUGGCUGCUGAAAGCAUUACUCAAGGUCUUCGGCGAGCUCGACAAAUGAUGGUUCAGGAGGUUGAGAGGGGGGCAAGUAAUUUGGCCACAAUAGAUCAAUCCACUGGGACUCUCAUAAAAGCUGAAUCUGAAUAUAAAGGACACCGCUCUUUACUGAUGAGCACUAGACACCUUCUAACAACUAUGCGACGACAGGAUAUCCUGGACAGGAUAAUAAUGGGUGUCGGAUUUGUUUUCUUUUGCUUGGUCGUUUUAUACAUUUUCACCAAGCGUGUCGGGCUUUUGAAGUUACAGCGUAAAUUGUCUGCAUCAAUGAGAUCAGAUCAUCCAGAAAUAAAUCUAGCUUCAGACUAUCCACAGCAUGCUAGCAGUCCAUAUUUUGUGAAGGAGAAUACAAAAGUUACUAUUGGAACCUCUGGAAAAACGGUUUCCAUGGAUGCAAGUCUCUCCUCUGACCCAGCGUUUUUGGAUAACAGUAUACAUCAGACCAGCAAUUCUUAUCCUGUAAAUAGUGAUGUACAUCUAGAUAUCAACGAUGAAAAGGAAACCAAAAUUCAUUUAACUUCCAGUGAUCCAUCCUUACAAAAAAUUCCCUACCCCAAAGUCAUGAUGAACUUUGAUUUGCAAAAUAAAUUGCAUUUGCUGACAACAAUUAUGCAUGUGUUUGUUCAGUUUUAUUAAUAGUGAUCAUGGUUGUAAGAUCGGAGUAUGUUCAUACUAUUGCUAUCUAACAUAAUUUGAGUAAAUGCAAUUGGCAAGAGUCAAUUAAAAAUUUAAUACA